AGGCAGCCUUCCAGACUUCCUCCCUCCCUAGGUGUUGUGUUGGCGCGUGGGUACGAGUGCCAUUGUGUGCAGCUGACAGUGACAGACAGAUGGCCAUUCUCAAGUCCAUGCUCUUGCGAAGCAUCAUCAAUCAGCAGCAGCAGUGAGUGCUUGUCCAACCAACUCACUCAGCAGAGGCACAUCCACACAAAGCACUCUCUCUCUCUCUCUCUGUCAUCAUAUCUUGGUCUCAUCGUCAUAGAGUUCGAUGCAGUCCGCUGAGAAGGAGCCGACUCGGUAGCUGUCCUGCACGGCCGCCCACGCGCCCUCACGCUUACGCAGUAUCUGCACACACCACGACAGGUAACACACACACGCACACAAGACCCCUCUAAUCAGUCAAUUCUCCAUCCCUCCCUCCCUCCCUCCCUCCCUCCAUGGAUCGCUGUGUGCGUACGUCGCCCUGCAUGACGGCAGGGGCGGAGAUGACGCCCAUCUGCUUGAGCUUGGCCUUGUCGAAGACCACGCUGCCCUUGUAGAGGUACUUGCGUUUGUCGGGGGGGAAAGUGAGGGAGAACUCCGCCGUCAGCUGCCGGUUGCGCAUGAAGAACCUGACCGACAGACAGAACACCAAAAACGCAAUCAAUGUCACGCACACCACACGUCAAUUAGCAGCAAUCGAGUCGAAUCGGACCAGCUGCCCUUGGCCUUGACGUCUUCUCUUUCAUACUCGACGAUGCCCUUGUCCUGGUCGACAAACCUACACACACGCACACGCCAUCGAUAUCCCCUCACACCAGUCUGUGGCAGCCAGCACUUCCAUCCAGACCCUCUGAACAGCAGCCUGCCCUUGGUUGUCUGCCCUUCAAUGGUCUCUUUGAUCCUCCAAAGGCCCCUGAUCUUGCUAUACUUCAGCUCCCAUAUAUUCUGCGGUAGGCCCCUAUCAUUCAGCUCGCGCUGGAACUCCACGGGGUCGAUCUUCGCAGACGCCUCGCCCACCCAACUAAGCCACCCCGCGGCGAUUAGAACCGGAGCCGCAAGCCCACCGCUGAGAAACGAGCGCCGUUGCAGCACCUGACUACCCUCCUCUCGCGGACAAUCGUUGCGUUGCAUGAGCAGAGAAGGCACGGCUGUGUCGGCAUGCCUGCCUUGCAACGGCCGACCUAUCCGUGUGGCUGAGAGUGGUCGCGUGGAUGGCGAGAGAAAGGCAGGAAAGGCUG